ACAAAUAUAUUUAAUCAACUAUGAGAGUGACCCACAAAAUUAAUUUCAAAAAGUUCAUAGAAUGAAGAAGAGGAAAAAAUGGGGAGAAAUCUUGGUUCGGCAUUUAGACAAGAGUUGGCUAAUCUUGAAAAAGAUCCUGAUUCCCACAAGGCUGCAAUGAGCAAUUUGAGAUCCAUUGUGAAAGAUUUGGAUGCAAAUGUGAUUCGUGUGUUUGUUGCUCAGCUUUCUGAAGUCAAAGAGAUUGGUUCUGAGUCUGGUGGUUACACAGUUUCUCUCUUUGAAGACCUUGCUCGUGCUCGUGGAGUUCAAAUUGCUCCUCACGUAGAUAUUAUAAUGCCGGCGAUCAUAAGGACAUUGAGCUCCAGUGAAGGGUCUCUACGUAUUCAACAGGCUUGCUCAAAGGCGGUAGCUGCUAUGGCUAGAUAUGGAAUUGAUCCUACAACACCGGAAGAUAAGAAAAUGAAUGUGGUUCAUUCUCUUUGUAAGCCACUCUCUGAUUCUCUUAUAGAUUCACAACAUCAACAGCAUCUUGCUUUGGGAUCUGCUCUUUGCUUGAAGUCACUUGUGGAUUGCGAUAAUUGGCGAUCUGCUUCUCGUGAAAUGGUUAAUAAUGUUUGUCAAAGCUUAGCUGUUGCUCUUGAAGCCACUUCAAGUGAAGCUAAGUCUCAUAUGGCACUUGUUAUGGCACUUUCCAAGCACAACCCUUUUACUGUCGAAGCAUAUGCAAGGCUUUUUGUGAAGUCGGGUCUGAGGAUUCUGGAUUUAGGUGUUGUUGAGGGAGAUUCUCAGAAACGGCUUUUAGCUAUACAGAUGCUCAACUUUCUGAUGAAAAAUCUGAAUCCCAAGAGUAUUUGUUCUGAGUUACAGCUUAUAUAUCAAGAGAUGGAGAAACACCAAAAAGAUCAGAUGCAUUAUGUCAAAAUGGCAGCUCAUGAAACCAUGAGACAGGCAGAGAGAUUAAUAGGUGAGGCAGAUCCAAUGUUUGACGCAGAGAACUGCAAGCCCCGAAACUCGUUCAGCGGAUCAAUCAAGUCUACACCAAGUCUGCGAGCAGAUGAUGAGAGUGUUUAUAGGAGAGAUGAUGGGAGUUAUGUAAAUGAUCAAGACGAGUAUGAUGCUUUGUUUUCUGGUGUAGCCAGUGGAAGAACUCUUGUCUCAGGCUCUCCUCUGGUGACUUUCGGAGACAAUAACCAAGAAACUGAUGUUGUGAUCUCGAGUCCAAGAAUUGGAGAUCAGAUUCAAUGUUCUGGUGUUGAAGAUGACAAGUUUGAGUCAGUUUGGUUCCAUCAGCGGAACAGAAGCUCCGAGUUUAAUGAAUCUGUGUGCUCUAGGACCAACCGCUCAAGAAGUUCAAGACGAAACACCAAGAAGAGACAAUCAGGUGACAUCUGUUCAAAACACCACAGGCAUGGUUUCACACAGGAUCCAUUCACUGAGUUACUAGAUAACAGACAGCAGCUGCAACAGUACAGUGAAAGCUCAUCAUCAUCAUCAAUAUAUGAUACCUCUGGUACUACUACUCCAACCAACACAACAGAAGAUAUCUGUGAGAAACCGAAGUCAGAUUUGGAUUCUAAGGCCGAACUUAAGACAGGGGAGACUGAAAUAGACCCACGUCAUGGACGGAGCAAGCGUGUGUUAAAAUUGGGAUUGUGUGUCUUCUCUAUUGCAGUUGCAGGGUUUGCUUCUUUCAUGUGGAUGCAUCUCCAGGAUGAUAUGAUGCUUCCUCACCUUGUUCCGACUUAAAGUUGGGAUGAACUUUAAGAAGCAUAGAACUUACAUAGGUUCAAAUUCUAGCUUAGUUCUCUUGUUCUUUUGUCAAUGUAUGGAUCAUGUUCAAAUACUAGUUUGUUUGUGUUCUUUUCCCUGAUGAAUUUGUCACUUGUUCAGAAGUCGAAUCAAAUGUAAACCAAACU